AUGUUAAAUGGUCGUGAGUUUAUGGUCAAUAAAGAAGAUAAAUCCAUAUUAUUUUGUAAUGGUAUGUUAUUAUACUGAUAAUUAUAACAAAAAUUGAUUCUUGAUCCUGGCAUGAUUUCAAGCUUUUUUUUUUUUAUUGAUUAAAUACCUGUUGAAUUAUUUUAUUUUCAUUCAAAAUGAGUUUAUUGAAUAUUUUUUAUAUUUAAAGAAGUAUUGGGCUUGGAUGAUACAUUGUAUAUGACAAAUAAACCGCUAAUGAAGGAUAGAAUAAACAAUUAUCCUGGUACAUCUGGUACUAGUAAACACAUGGACCUCUUUAGAUUCUACAAAACUGUUAAGAACAAAAGAAAAACAUAA